CGCCGCUGUGGGGCUGACCCGCGCUCUACCCGUCAGGCAGCGCGCCGGGCGCCGCGCGGCCACCCCCGCCUCCCUCCUUCCCUUCCUCCCUCUCUCGCCCGCCCUUCCUCCCCCGGCGGCAGCUGAGGUGGGGCGCCGCGGCUUGGCGAUGUGAGGUGCGUCCGCCAGCGCGGCUGCGUCCCAUCCCCCCCCGCCAGCCCGGGUGGAAGGGAGCGGGGCGGCCUGCCGCGGCCUCUCCGACGCGCAGCACGGAAACAUUUGUUUCAUGAAGAUACUGAAUGGUUUUUUUACUGUCUAGUCUCAAGAUGGCAGAAUUAUUUAUGGAAUGUGAAGAAGAGGAGCUAGAACCAUGGCAAAAGAGAGUGAAAGAAGUGGAGGAGGAUGAUGAUGAUGAUGAGCCGAUCUUUGUUGGGGAAAUCUCAAGCUCGAAGCCAACUAGUACAUAUAUAUUGAACAGAGUCAACCUCAGCUCAUCACGAAGGGGGAUACAGAAUGGUGCACCCAGUAGAGGUACAGUUACUGCAUUCAAGCCUGACAGUCACCAUUAUGCAACAUCUGCCUCCAGCCCCAGUGCCAUGCCUGUUUCAUCACUCUUUCAGUCUGUGUCCAGACCUACAACUAGCUCUGUAGCAGUUCAGCCACUGUCUAUACCAGUGAAUGUUUCAGGAACUUUACAAACACUGCAGAGACCAGUUGCUGGAUGUUUAUCAACACAGCAGAUGCCUGGGUCAAGUUCUGGAAUAUCACAGCCUGUUAGCAGACCUGUAACCAUUCCAGUGACAACACAGCCAGCAUCAAGAAAUAUCACGGUUCCUGUAGUGGCUCAACCUGUAUCCAGGCCAGUGACUACUGUAACAGCACAGCCUGUAAUACUCAACCAGGAUUAUAUUAUGGAUUCUCCACCAGCUGCACCAGAUAAUACAUCUGGUAUACUGUUUGGUGUGAGACAGAACUCGGGAGUUCCACAGUACCAGACUGAGCCAGCAGUGAAUGUAACAGAUACAAAUGCUGCAUCAAGCACCAUUAAAAAUGGGGGACCUUUUCCACGAGCUUGUCCAAAGUGCAAUAUCCAUUUCAAUCUUAUGGAUCCUCUAAAAAAUCAUAUGAAGUAUUGUUGUCCAGAUAUGGUAAAUAACUUUUUCCCGGUAAUGGCCAAAACAGAAUGUUCGAGCACAACAAGCAAGACUGCUGAGUCCGAGAAAGGAAAAUUGAUUAUGUUAGUUAAUGACUUUUACUAUGGGAAACACGAAGGUGACACCCAGCAGGUACAACAGGAGCAGAAGACUCAUACAACUUUUAAAUGCUUCAGUUGUCUGAAAGUUCUUAAAAAUAACAUAAGGUUUAUGAACCACAUGAAACAUCACUUGGAGCUUGAGAAGCAGAGCAGUGAAAGCUGGGAAAGCCACACCACCUGCCAGCACUGUUACCGUCAGUUUCCCACCCCAUUCCAGCUGCAGUGCCACAUUGAAAGUACACAUACACUUUAUGAGUCAUCUACGAUCUGUAAAAUCUGUGAAUUAUCCUUUGAAACAGAGCAAGUUCUUUUGCAACAUAUGAAGGACAAUCAUAAGCCAGGUGAAAUGCCGUAUGUUUGCCAGGUAUGCAACUACAGAUCCUCAGCUUUUUCAGAUGUAGAAACACAUUUUAGAACAGUUCAUGAAAAUACAAAACAUUUAUUAUGCCCAUUUUGUCUCAAAGUAAUUAAAAUUGGAGCACCAUAUAUGCAUCAUUACAUGAGGCAUCAGAAAAAAGGAAUAUAUCGUUGCACUAAGUGCAGACUGCAAUUUUUGACAUGUAAAGAAAAAAUGGAUCACAAGACUCAGCAUCACCGAACAUUUAGGAAACCCAAACAGUUAGAAGGAUUACCUCCUGGAACGAAGGUGACUAUUCGAGCAUCUAUUGGAUCUCUUCAAUCAGGAGCAUCUUCUGUUAGUACCAGUGCUUCCGUGUUUCAGUUGUCACCUAAAGCUAAAAAUACAACCACUAAAAAUCAUAACAAAUCCAAUACAAAUAAAUCAAAAGCGAAAGCUAAACCAGCUACAUCGAAGAAGCAAAAUGCAUGGACCAACAGCAAAAAAAAUAAAGUUACAAAUAGAGCAUUGCAUAGUCUAAGGUAUCGUUUGGGAACUCACAAAUGCAUUGAAUGUUACUCUGCAAUAAAAGAUUUUGCAAGCCAUUUUCCUGCUUAUGUCCACUGUAGCUUAUGCAGAUACAACACUAGCUGUAGCAAAGCCUAUGUGAAUCACAUGAUGAGUUUUCACAGUGCUCGUCCAAGUAAAAGAUUUUGGAUCUAUAAGAAGCAUUCAGAAGAGCUACGAGGUGUAACUGUAGUGUGUCUUAACUGUGAUUUCUUGACUGAUGUAUCUGGCUUAGAUAGCAUGGCCACGCAUCUGAGUGAAAGCCACACUCAUACAUGUCAAGUUAUUAUAGAGAAAGUUUCUGUAGAUAUCCCAACUGCUGAACAAGUAUCUGACAAACAAGAGCAUCACUCUUCAGAUGAAACGAAAGAAUGCAAUAGAAAUGAAACAAAAAAAGUUGCAUCAGCUGAAAAGAAUGAAGACAGCUCAUCAUUGUCAAAUACAAAUAAUGUUCCCAGUUUGGAACUCCCUGACAACAGCUCCAAGAAUUCUUUGCAUGAGAAAGGAGCGUGUUGUGAUUCAGACAAUAACAAACAAUUAGUAGAAGAGAAACAAAAAUGUAUUAAUGAUGAAAGUGAGUUGAAAACUUGCCAAAGUUCAGAUAACAUUACCUUGAAUGAGCAGACUAAAGUACGUAGCUUGGAUGAAACUACACUUUCAGCAAUGAACGCAAGAGAUUUAAAACUAACAUUGGGUGAAGAUGUUAGUUUUGAGCAGUUCUUGAGAAAAAGAGAUGAACCUGAAUCCGUUAGUUCAGACAUUAGUGAACAAGGCAGUAUUCAUUUGGAGCCUUUGACUCCAUCAGAGGUACUAGAGCAUGAAGCUACAGAAAUUCUUCAAAAAGGUAAUGUUUCACCUUCAUCAAAGAAAGCUGGACAACCGUCUGAACAAACAGAUGAGACUUCUAAAGAAAGCAGUCCCAACAGAAUGGAAACAACUGUAAACAAGACAGAUGAAAAUGAAACAAGCUGAAAUUACGUCAUUUUUACUGUUUGUUAAAAAAUGGACCAUUCCUGAUGAGUGUGCUCAUUGAUGCUAAUUAUUAAAAAUAAGAGGGAGAAGAGAAAGAGACACAAAAGGGAAGUUAUGUAUAUGAAGAUAGCAUGUAUGUGUAUGUACAACUGAAUUAACUAAAUUUACAAAAGGUAGCACGUUCAAAUAUAUCUUCCUGUCUCUUAGAUGUAUCUUACAUAGAUUGACAUUUGAAGGGAGGAAUAAAUUCUCAUUUUUAUAGUUAACUAGCCCAAGAUAGGGUGAUUUGUUUGCCAAGAAAAUAUUUUUUUAAAUCCUUCAGUGUGAAUAUCAUUAAACAAUGAAAUUUAGUAUAAAUUCACUUCUGAUACUGAAAUGGAGCACACUUGUAAUGAUGGCUAUUGGUCUGCUGAUAAUUUCAGUAAACAUAAACCUUUGGACUUAGUGUCACAUUCCUGUCUGUAAAAGCAUGUAAACAGAAUUAUAUGAAUCUAUGCACCUCUGUACAGGUGUAAUCCUGCCAGGCUGUAAGCUUACCUUAAUAAACUUUCAGUGAAAGUGGAAUUAUUACAAUAAAAAUAUAUAUUUGUGGGGUUUUCAGUGUGCAGGCUGUGCAGAAAUACCGAACAUAAUUGUAUAAAGUAGAACAUACUGCUGAAAGUACUGUAGCUGUUAGGCUUUUCCCAUUGUUUUAAUUAUUCUUAGCUGUAGACCCAUAGGAAUGAUCUCUUCAGUCACACCAAAGUACAGUAUAAUGUAAAAACUGUUCUGAGCAAAAAGAAGGAAAACCCCAAACUGGAAACACCAACUGGCAUGCAUUCUGCCAUUUUGCAGCUGCUACUAGCUAACUGUUACAAAAAAGGACACAAGGGCAUAUAAAGUAGAAUUGUACAGUUCCAUUUCAGGACUUUUUGUAGUCUAAAUUGUGUACAGGAAGAUGGCUGCUGGUUUUUGAUUUCUUUUUAUAGUUUGAUUUUUUUUUUGGUCUCCUAGUUAGCAGCUAAAUGUAGGAAUGCAUAUGAUUAAUGGUAGCUUGCUCUUCUGAAUUCAUUGCUCCAUUUGAAACAUUCAGAAUGUGCUUUUAACUUACAGUUUUGUUUCUAAUGAAUGUUAAAUGUUUUGAACAGCUGUUAAAGCACUGCUGUAAAUUAUUACUUUUUGAGUAAAUAUUUGCAACAAAAUUUUGUCUUUGUGCAUAAUUUUUAUGCUCAGCUUGAAACUUUGGGCAUAGUCUUCCUACAUUUUGACAGUUCCCUAAAACUAUUCUGUUUUUAAAUUGCGAAUCUGGGAGUUAUGUGGGUUGUGGUUUUUCAUUUGAUGGGAUACAUUUGGUUUUUUGGGUUUUGUUUUUUGAAUUAAAUGAGCAAGUGCCUAUGCAUAAACAUAUUUUUUGUAGCUGUGUAUUAUGUGCUCACUUUUCCAGAUUAUGUGUUUUUCUGGGCCAUCAGCAUGCAACUAGUGUCUACUCUGUCCUCCUAGGUUAACUGGGCUCAGCUGCUAAAUUAAUCUAAUCAGUUAUGGUAUAAAAAUUUAGAGACCAUCCAGCUUAUUUUUGGACACUCUAAAUCACAUAAAUCUCAACGUCUCAGAAAUUUCUUAUUCUUUAGAGAGUUAAAUUUUCAAUUGCAUCUUGACUUUCAUCAGUGCAGAUUUGGCAGACUUUUUAAAAGAGAAGUAGAACAGUUCACAUAGUCACAGCUUUUCAAGAUCUGUAGCUUUAAGAACUUCAAAUAACAAGACAGUCAAAAAAGCUGAGAGCAAUAAGUUGCAGUAUUGUUCUUUAAAGAUUUUAGUGAAAUCAUUAGCUUGACGUAUGAUUAACUAGUCUGAUGUUUCCAUGCAUGUAUGUAUAUAUGCAAGAUCAUAAAAUACAGCAUAACAAUGAGAACAGUUGAAAGGACUUAAUCAGCAACUAUGGAACUUGAUGUGUUCCUGAAUGCACCUACUUUUAAACCCGGAUAAAUCUAUAGUAUUUUUGAACUGAUGGAUGAUGUUCCAUGCAAAUUAUCUAUUUUGAAUAAUGCACUGAUAUGUGGUGUUGGAAAAUAUGAAGUUCAACUGGAACCAGUUGUAUAAUACUUGCUUGUAAAUCCCUCACAUUUGUGUUUUAUUGUCAAUGAAAUUUUUAGAGCAUUUACCAUUUCAGUAAUAACAGUUUGGAAGAACUGGGCCACCUACUGUUGAGAAAAGUUGAAAAAUAAAAACUCAAGAUGGAAAAUUGCAUAUUUGGCAGAGGUGUUAUAUAUAUAUUCUCAGAUACAUAUGUAAAACAUUGUUUGUUUUAAACCAUGUAGAGAAUGCUUAUACAAAAGUUUAAGUGUAAAACACCCAGAUAUCGAGUAGUCUUUCUAAAGGAAGAGGCGAGAGGGAACUAGAUUGUUUUAGCAAGACCAUCAAAUCGUGUUAAAUACACCAGUGAGGUGGAUCAUAAAAAGAGUGGCAUGGUAAUUUGGUGGAGGAGGAAAAAUUCAUUACAAUUCUUCCUAUAUGAAGUAAUUUGCAGGCGACAGCAUAGUUAUGAAGAUUAAUCUCUACCAUUUUAUUUGUGAUAGAUCCCAGAGGUAAAUUUUUACUUUUGGCUGAUGUCUCUCCAGAGGAUCAAGUUACAUUGAAAAAAACUUUCUUUGUUUUCAAGUCAUUUAAAAGUGGGAGGUUUUUUCUAAUCAGCAUCAGUAAUUCUUAUUCUGUGCCACCUGUCUUUUUGUACUUGGAAGACACCUCAAGUUUUCAUUGACUUGUCAAAAAACAGUAACUUAAAGUUAAUUCUCAGUAUCCAAACUAGAAUAACCAUUUCUCCUCAUCCCAAGAGACUGACCACAUUUGCUUGAACGACCAUUGCAGAUAAUAUAACUUGUAUUUUUAAGGAAAUCUCAUGCCAUGCAUAUGCUGUCUUCAUUAUUUUCAUUUCAUAGAAAACUGUUGUCAUUAGCUUAGUGACUCUUAAGUCACUUACUGCUUCCUCAGGUGCAGCCAACAUCUCUGUUUGCCUUGUGCAGUUUGGGAAAGAGGCUUCAACUUAGCUGUGGUUCAGUUUCUCUUUGGCAGAAUGGAUGAGUAAAUCCAGAGAAAAAAAAUCAGAUCAAGUCAUAGCACACUGAGUUCUGCGUAUUAGGUAAUGAGUUUUAAACAGAAUUUUUAUAACAGAACUCUCUCUACUUUCCUUUUCCUGGAAAUGGGGUGGAGUGGGGAGAGAGAGAAAGAGGGAGAGAGAGGAGUCCUGGGCAAUAGAUGUUAAAAUCAUGUUCUGUAGUGCUUCACUACCAGAAAGCAUUAGAAAUUCAAGGUCAGGGUAAAGAAUCUUAAGUAACAUUUGGUAUUCUGCAAAACCUUAAAGAUCUGAAAGCUUUUCUGCAGGCAUUAAGCAUUGUUAUUUAUAUGCUAGCAUGUAGAAAGCAAUUAUUUUUUUAAGCUGUAGGAUUUACUAAUACUCCACCAAAGACUGUGGCUGUCGGCUGUCACGGUAGGGUUUUUUUUUAGAGACCAUUUAGAAAUGUCUGUGUAGGGCGAAUUUUAUAUCUGAUUGUUCUCUUUUAGUUUUCAUUAAUGUUUGAUUUUUGAGGCUUGUAAGCUUAUUUUGUCUA